AUGAAGGCAUUGCCAUAUGUCAUUGAUGGAAAUGAUAUUUUGGGAUAUGUAACAAGUUCUGAUGGUCUGAUAAAGGUUUUCAUGGCAGCAUUUCCUAUGUUUUACAAAACGCCCUACAAGGACAAAAAUUUGACAACCCAAAAUGCAAUGAGGCAGAAUGAGAAGAGGUUCAUGUAUCAGUGUGAUAAUAUGAAGAGGUUCAUCUUUUCAAUUCCUGGUCAAGUUUGCAGGAGUUGCCAACCAUGGAACAAAGUCAACAAUGUCCUCACAAAAUCAAACACAAAAGAGAGGAAUAUACCUAAGUGCACACUUCAUGACAAAGGCUUUCUGCUUAAGAAUGUGACAAGACUUAGUGGUUCGGACAAUCGCCUAAGCCCCAUUCAUGGAUGUUAUUCAAAGACAGAUUACAUUUCCAGAGUUUGGUGUUCUGCAGGUUCUAGUUCAACUGAGAAGCAACUAAGGUCAUUAGAUUCUUAUUUUGGAAAACUCCAAGAUAAUGCAAAAUUGCGUACAUUUGAUUCAUCACACAAGGUGAUACAGGUGCAUGAGAUAGAUUGUCAAGCUAGAUCAAAAACUGGAAUAGAGUCUCUUGACGAGUAUUUUGGCAAAUUAAAUCAUGGAGCAAACCAAGAAUCUCACACGCCAUCUUAUGUGGAGAAUACUAGUGAAGAAAAAUUAGCACCAAAACAAUCUGUCAGCAAAGACAUUGAAAGAUCACACUUUAGGAAACAAAAAGCUUUUGUGGGAAUAAGAAGACUAAAAAAUGUACAUGGUCCAAGUUCUGCUACAGAUUCACAGCAGCAUGUUGAAACCUCCAGUCUCUACCUGAUUGGCAUAUUGGUUUCUGUAAACAUUGCAGUGUUUCUAUUUGAAAUAGCAAGUCCUAUAAGGACUUCUGAUUUAGAGCUAUUUUCCAUUCCACUACUGUAUGGAGCAAAGAUAAACCAUUUGAUCAUGGUUGGAGAAUGGUGGAGGCUUAUAACACCAAUGUUUCUGCAUGCAGGAAUGUUUCACAUGGCUCUCAGUUGUUGGGCCCUUGUAACAUUUGGGCCUCAAGUUUGCAAAGAAUAUGGUUCAUUUACGUUUUUCUUGAUCUACAUAUUGGGUGGAAUUGCUUGCAACUUCACAAGUUUUCUACAUACGCCAGAUCCCACUGUUGGUGGAACUGGACCUGUAUUUGCAAUAAUUGGUGCUUGGUUCAUCUAUCAAAUUCAAAACAAAGAUGUUAUUGCAAGUGAUACUUCAGAGAGCCUGUUCCAGAAGGCAGUUAUUAUCACAGCUCUUAUGUUCAUAUUAAGCCACUUUGGUCCAAUUGACGAAUGGUCACACUUUGGAGCAGCCUUCUCAGGCAUGGCAUAUGGCUUUCUAACCAGUCCAAUUCUUCAGUUUAACGAUACAUCAUCGGGAACUAGUCAAGAAGAAGGACUCAAACUUGUUAGAAAACAUGGUGAUUCUUGCAAGUCACUAUUCAUAUUCACCAUAUUCAUCUUUGUUUUAAGCUCAUUCCUUUUCUUCAUGGAGCCCCCACCAAAUGCACUGGCAUCUGUCAAUGCAGCAGCUGUUGAUGCCCUGGAAUAUAUGUUGAUAUUUGGCUAA